GUCGCAAGCAGAAUCCAAACUAUAUAUAUUCGCCGGUUAUUGAAUUGUUCAGCAAGCAAAAGAGAUGGGUUGGGUUUGGAAAGACGACGAUGACGAUGUUCCCCGCCGCUCCGGCGAUAACCCUAGCAGGUCAUCAGGCGGGGACGGCGGUCAGUGCGCCACCCGGAAAGUCGUAAGGACACAGUGCCGAAUCGAGGAGUCCGAGCCUGGCAAGUUCGUCCGAAAGUGCGAGAAGACCGAGGAGAUCUUCAAGGACUGCGUCGGAAGGCUGCCUGAGAUGGUGCAAUCUAACAAAGAAUACACCGAGGAAGAUGUAACGAACCAAAUGAAUAAAGGGUUCGCUUUGCCAUCCUUGGAGUCAUCACAUCAAAUGCCUUUUGACUUCCCUGGGCUGCGCAGUGAUGUUGAAGCCAUUGAACGCAACUUCUUCACUGGCCUUGACCGCUUCUUUGAAGCAGCCGAGGACACCAUGAAUGGAUUCUUUGGCUCAUUUGGCAUCCCUCGAGUCUACAGUGGUGAUCAAUCCUCCUCCUCAGCAAGGACCCGAGGUAUACCAGUGGAACGCAACCCCCCGAAAGAACCUUCAACUGAAGUGAGCACUUCUGAUGCAGGACUUGAUUUUUCAGCACUGGCCAAAGAUGUCUGAAGCUAGUUUUUUAGAGGUUUUGGCUAUGGAGUUUGCAGAGUAGUUUGGUGAUGGCUUUUUCAUAGUAUUGUUUAUGUGAUCCAGAAUGUGGCUUAGAAAUUUAUAAUAUAAUUUAUAUAAUAAAUCUUUUAUUAUAUAAGAUGUUAAAUUGAUCAAUGGAAGCAACAUUGUUUUUUU